GUAAAAAAGAAAACACACACACACACAUAAGAAUGAGUGAGAAAGUAGAAAAUGAGAUAGAAGAGAGGGAGGAGAGAGGGAUGGUUGAUCAUUGGAUCCACCAGCAUCCACUUACUCUGGUGGAAGCUCAGAGAGGAGAAUACUGUUAUGGGUGUCUAACGCCUUGUAGAAGAGGAGAUAAAUGUUAUGGGUGUAGCCAUAAAUGUGGGUAUGGAAAACUACUACAUGAAGACUGUGCAGAGGCGCCGAGGAAGAUCAGGCACGCGAUGCAUCCUCAACAUACACUCACUCAACAACUCAACACUUGGGCCAUCGAUGAGCGCUGUCCAAUCUGCCAAUUGUAUGCCUGGGGAAUUGUCUACAGAUGUACGAGCACAGAAUGUGCAUUCCAGAUACAUAUCAGAUGCGCGCAGGGCAGCGACAUGAUGUAUGCAGUAGCCGAAGGUGACAAGCGAACCAUACACCAUCCGAGUCACCCUCAUCAUCAACUCUUGUUCCUGAGGAGAAGUUGUUCCUUCAAGUGCGAUGCUUGCGGCACCAUAGGAGCCAAGGGGAGUUCCUACACAUGCACCAAUGAUGAUUGUGAGUAUUGGAUCCACGAGAGAUGUGCUUCCUUGCCUCAGAAUAUCCAAAGGGAAGAUCACAAUCACUCCCUCUCUCUCUCUUUCCAUGUCCCUCCUCAAUAUCUCAUAUACAACUACCGUUGUGAAGUGUGCAGUAAAAGAUUAAUAUCCAAAUAUUGGAUAUAUCAUUGUGCGCUUUGCAGCUAUGCUGUCCAUCUCACUUGCGCCUUCACCAAAUUGCCUCACACUACUAGAGAGAAAGGGAUUAUGGUGUUUCCAAUAAGUGAUGUGGAUGUGGGUGAGGACCUAAUUGGAGCUUUUCUAAGGAGACAAGGAGUUGAUGCAUAUACACAUUCACUCAUCCUUGAUCAUCAAGAUGAUGUUGAUUAUGAGUUCCACCAUCACAAACUCAUACUAGUCUCCUCGUCGUCAUCAUCAUCAUUUCAAGAAGAAGUUUUAGAAGAAGAAAAUGGUGAUGACGAUGAUGACGAGGAAGACUACUCUUGUAGAAAAUCGGAGUUAAUAUGCAAUGGGUGCAUUACUCCAAUACCUGUGAAACAAGCAUCAUCAUCCAUGUCUUCUUCUUCUUCUUGUUCAAGUAGUAGUAGUACUAAAGAUUACUACCACUACAUGAGAUGUAGCAUAAGAUCAUGCAAAUACUAUCUCCACUUGGCGUGCUUUCGCUCGCCAACUCAACUCUCCUCUCUCCCUCUCCUCCACAGACAUGAUCACAGCCUUGUCCUUCGAUCAGGCGACACACAUAAACCAUGGGAGAUGACAGAGUGCAGCGUCUGCUUCAUGCAUACGAAUGGUUUAUACUAUGCUUGUACAAAAUGCAAUAGCUUCAAAGUAGAUAUAAAGUGCGCUUCAAUGCCGGACACCAUAUAUCACGCAGCUCACCCUCCACACCCACUCAACCUUCUCUCCAGAGAAGAAAGUUUUAGACGAGAUGGCGAUACAUGUGAUGCCUGUAGCCAUACCUUGUAUGAUGGUAAACAUAGGUAUGCAUGCGACACCUGUGAUUUCACCGUGCACUUUAAAUGCGCGGUGCUGCCAGCAGUAGAUGGGACAAGCACCACCCGCUGCUUCUCACGCACAACGCCACUCUUAACCGUCCCGGUGAUUUCUACUGCAACCAUUGCGAGAAAAAAAUGCACCCAAAGAGCUGGAUGUACCACUGCCGCGAUUGCGAUAUAUCCUUCCAUCCGGACUGCCUUGAAACAACAUCCGGAUGCUAUAGAAACAUCAAGUUUGGUCAGAAAUUUCUCAUCCCCAGAGCUCACUGCCACACACUCACCUAUCAAAUUCUCACUACAAAACUCCGCUGCGACGUUUGUGGUAGGGAUAAGCAUGGAUCAUCUGGAUUUUACUGUGCAUCAUGCAACUUCUUCCUUUGUUUCCAAUUCUGCGAUGAAAAUAUGAUCAAAGAUGGCAACAUUGAGGUCGUGGAUUGAAAAAAAAGAGCUCAAUGUUUAGUAGAGUUAUGUUUUUCAUACUGCAUUAUUAAUUUGUGUGUUUAAUUUGUUGUUUUUAAUUUAAUGAAGAGAGUAGCUUGCC